AUGACAACAAUGUGCGCUGUUAAAUGAACUCCGGUGUAAUUAAGCUGUUAGAGUUACUCUAAAAUAUUAUUAGAACAUAUUUGUAAAUAAAUAAAUGUUACAAUAGAAAAAGCGGCAUAUUUGUGAUUAGGGCAGAACCAAGGUCAAAGGUCUGUUACUAUAUUUAACUCGAGUGUCAGUAUGGAGGGAUGGAAGUUGGUAGUUGUUUCGGUUGUCUUUUGCACAACUUUCUAUCGUCACGUGCACACUUUUGAAAUAGACUUGACAAUAGAAAUAAGAGCCGGUGUAAAGGAGUGCUUCUGGCAGCACAUUAAGAGGGAGUCGUCUGCAGAACUGGAAUACCAAGUGAUUGAUGGAGGCGAUCUUGAUAUUGACUUUACUUUGCAGUCUCCAGAUGGUCGAAUCAUGCAUAUGGAAACCCGAAAGACAGAAAAUGUUCUGAAAGUGAAUGCUGAUGUAGAAGGAGAGUAUAAGUUCUGCUUUGACAAUACCUUUAGUCGCAUGUCGCCAAAGGUAGUGUUCUUUGAGAUUAUCUCAGACUAUGAUGAUGAUGAAGAUGAUGAUGAUUGGAACAUAAACCAUGAAGAGGUCGUGGGUAUGGUUGACCUGACAGUGGAAGAAUUCAAGGGCAUCAUUGAACGGGCUAAAGGAAACCUUGACAAGUCUAUACAGAUUCAGAAUCUCAUCAAAGUACAUGAAGCCCGAGACCGGAACAUUGCAGAGGCAAAUUUCAUUCGAGUCAAUGUGUUGUCUGCUGUGCAGUUAUUUGUCAUGGUCACUGUGGGCCUCAUACAGGUCAUCAUGAUUCGAAGUCUUUUUGGUGACACCAACAAAACAAAGCCAGGCUUAAAACAGAAGACAUGAUGUUUUUUGGUUGCUAGAAAAUGGGUGAUUGUGUUGAUGUGAGAAAAGUGCAUAUGACUUUUUUAUAAAUGUUGGUGUGCUUUGUGCUUAGUCGUGUGUGCGUAUGGUAUUUGAUCAGUUGAAGAUGCUGCUAUUACUAUUAGGAUAGCACAACCCAAUCAUUGAUAAUAAUAGGCAUUCAGCUGUUGUAGAAGCAUUAUAAAUUAAGAUGUAAGUGUCCAUGUGAGAGUUUCAUGGUUUUAGCACAUAGGGUCCUGCAUGCAAGGUUAUGACCUUAGCUCACAGCAUAUUAAUGAAAUGAUUGUCAGAAUUAUGCAGCAAAUCGGCAUAGAAUGUUAAUCAAGUUGUUUUACCAUAGCCAAAAUGAACAUAAAACAGUAUAUAUACAACCUGACAUUUUGAAGGAACUAAUGUGCAUGGUAGUCUUUUUGGGAAUUACCAAAACUGCUGGGUUGCUUUCUUUGUUUUAUAAACUUGUGCCUUACAUAUGAAGAUAAAAUUUUGAAAAUAGCAGAAACAUUGGGGGGUAGGAGAGGAACUGGGGGGCAAGAUGUAUUAGUAUGCAUCAUUUCAGGUGUAAAAUGCAGUUUGAUUUUUUUUUGGUAUUGGUGCUGACUUUAGGUCUUGCUGGUGGAGACUUGUGAUAAUCAUAAGAAAAAAUUCACAUUGUAGUUAUAAUUUCUUGUUUCAUGCAUCUUUGUAGGUGCUUCAGGAAAAAAUGUUAGAGAUCGUAUUUGCACCUUUGGUAACUUGAAAGAACCUCUUGGGGUAUAGGCUGAAUUGAAUAGAAUUAAAAUAGUUUUGCUUGAAAGAAAACUACAUUUUGUUGAAAGUCUUAUUUCUGUACUUUGUAGUUAAGACUACAUAGUCAUUGCCACUUUUUCCUCAUGUUGGUUCAAUUUGUAUAUUUCUGAGAAGUUAAAAGAUUCCCAUUAAAUUGAUUUAUGACUUUAAUAUUAACUCUUUUUAUUUCUCUCUUGUUUCUGCAACACUUACAGCAUGGCGUAUACAUGGAAAGAUAUCUUAUGUGGAUGUAUUAAAAAUAAGCACUUUUUUCUGUAUACUGGUGUGUGAGAAGUGGUGUGUGUCAUUAAAUGUCUUCUGAUCAAAUGAAGAUAAAGAUAAUUGUCCAGCAUAUCUUGUCUUGAUCAGAUCAAAGCAGUUUUUGUAGAUACAAGUUUUAAAUCAUAAAUUUUACACUGACAUUUUCCAUGAACACGUGCCAAAUAAAUCUUUGCUGAGGGCUUGAUGGCAGUGUUGAAUUUCAGUAUAUUGAAUCUUAGCAUUUGUAUUAAUAAUUACCUUUCAGCAAGAUUUUGUUUUAACACAAAUAACAAAUAACAUUUGUAUUGAAAUGUGAAUGCAAGAAAGAUGUUCAUUCUUUACUUGUGCAAUGAAGUUUUGAACAAUAGCUUUUUCCUACUUUUACUUCUUGGAAAAAUGUUUUUAUAUUUUUGUUAUCAGUAUUCCUCUCUCUUGUUUUGCAGUCUUUGGAAUGGCUGUAACUAUCUGCAUAAUUUGGUGUUUAAAGAAUUGGAACCGAAGCAAACAUACAUUUUUCUUUAGCGUCAAGAAAUACAGUGACAGUGUUAACAGUUUCAAGGAUGUGAUAAAUAAGGCUUUAAAUUCCAGCCAUAAUAUCCUAGCGAGAUGAAUAGAUUGUGACAAUUCAUUUAAUGCAAUAUAGUCCCUUUCAAUCAUGCAGCUCUUGUUAAAAUCAAAACAGUUCAGAAUUUGAAUGUAUCAAAUUGGCUGAUAUGUUGUUCAUUUUCUUGAUGACUUAGUGGUUUUAAAAGUACAUGAUGUAUUAUAUAAACCAUUUGAACAACUAGCAUCAUCCAAUGGGCCAUUUACCAGAGUUGUCUAUUAAAAUAUCUUUAAGGUUUGUAUUGUUUAAGACAACAAUAAAAGCAAUUUUAAGGUGCUGAAAUGUGAACCAGCAAACUGGGCUUUUAACGAAUUUCUGAAAUAUUUUCACUUACCAUUCUGGGUUGUAAAAAAAAAAAUCAUUGUGAUCAUAAUGAUUUCUAAAACAGCUCAUGGAUGAAGGUAAAUAGUGUUUUUGAAACUCAAAAAUUUUGACUGAAAACAAGUCAACAUCUAUUAUUUUUACCCAACUUGCUAAUUGACAGGAGUGUGCCUUUAAGUUGGCAAAAGCAGCCUGUGCUACUGAAUCACUGCAUAUAAUUUUCCAAAGAUGUGCAGGCAAAUGCGCAAGGCUUUUUUUCUCUCGGUAUUUUAUAUCCAAUUAUAAUGCACAAAAAAUGAAUUCUCCCUUCCCAGCAAAAAGAAGGGGGUCAGUUAUUGUAGCACAGAUUCUUUGACUUGCAUGUUUAACUUUGCACAUUCAUGAUCAAUAGUUUUAUACCUUUUACACAUUUCUCAGUUUGCUUAUAUUAUGUACCAAGGAUUUAGCAAGCACUGGCUCUUUUCUUCAACAAAAUAAAAUAAAAUUGAGACAUUCUUCUGAAGAUGGAUAGAUAUAUUUAGAAAUCUAGUGACCAGAUGUGUGCAUUCUGAGAUGUUUGCAAGCAGCCUACUUUGCUAAAUGUCUGUGCUUGCUGUUAUAGGUCUGUAAUUUCCAUUUAGCUCAAUUUCAUAAUUUUAUUUUAGGGUAUACUUUUUUGUUACAUUAGAUGGUAGAUGUUUAAGAAAGCUAAAAUGGAUUUGCUGAAAAAUAGGAAACAUUUUAACUGCAUGCUUCAAUAAAUUUUAGUUGGAUCUUUGUGAUAUAUCAGGUUAUCUUUGUGUUUCCUUCCAGAUGGUGUGCAGUAAUCACUACAUUAAUCUACAGUGAUUACUACAGUAGUCACUCAUUGCAGUCUGUAUUUGAAAUUAUUAUCAAAAACUCUGAAGUGCCUAUGGUUUCAAGCAAGUGAACAAUACUGUCAGUUUUUGUUCUCAUUUUUUAAAAUUGAGAAUGAUUUGCUAGUUUCAUAACAAACAUAGUGACUUUUGUGGCAUUUUAAACACUGCUGUUCAAUAAAAAUAUUCUUAA